CGAAGCGCUGCGUUUGGUUUGAAGGAAGAAAGAGAGCAGAGAAACGAAAAUGAAGCUAGGUCCAAAGGUAGUGCUUCUCUUGAAAGACCCAGAGGGCUUCGGCGAGGCCAUCUCCGACGCAUUUCACCCUAACCCAACUGGUUCCGUCUCAGAAGAAAGCUUCGAGCUUUCGCUGGAGCGCUAUGGGAUCCGGAACUGCAAAGCUUCUGGAAAAGUUCGUCACUUCCUUGAUCAGCAGGGUCAAUUUGAGGUGUCAGUGUUGCUUAUGGAAUAUUAUGAAUCUCCGAUACUAGCAUGUGCUUUUAAUGAAGUUCUGGCUCAAAUAGCAGGACUAAAAUCAUCCUCAAUCCCCACAAUUGUUGCCCCCUUUUUUGUUGCAUCAUCCAAGCUAAAAUGGGACAGUAAAUCUGCAACAAAGGUUGACAGCAAAGGUUCACUUUAUGGUAUACAGAUAGGUGCAGAAACAGACAUAAGCAAGGCCAUCAUUGCUCGAACCCAGAAAGCACCACCGACAUUACAGAUUCAUUAUGAACCUCUAGCCUGCCUUCUUCAGUUGGUCCGUGUCUUGAAUUUGCCAACUUUUAUUCUCAUAGGGCAAAGGGAUCAGAGGAUUUCUGAUAAAGAAGAGCUUGAGAUACUUUAUGAAAUUGGGGAACUUUUGGCAAACACUUGUCAGGUAAACUUCUCAAGAGGCAAAAUCACAUGGAAGCCAACAAAAAAAUCGAAGGAUGAACAGGAGCCAUGGCGUGCAUUGUAUGGUUGAUUCAGUCAUUGACUCAAUCAUGGCUCAAACCAUUGAGUGGACAACUACUUAUGCAGAUUUUCAGUUUGUGAACUGAACAUGGAGAUAAUGAGAAAUGCUUCGCUUUUCAUUUCAUUAUUUCUUUUGUUGUGUUGUUUGAUUGAAGUCCACUGUCUUAGAAAUGCACUGAGGUAACUACACAGGUAGAAGAUUGUAGCUUUUUGUGGCCAAAGCUAAUUCUACAAGCAGAAUGAUAUAAAGUAGCCUCACUUGGUCAUAACCUGUAGUUUCAACAAUUGGUCUGGUUUAUGAACUCCGUUAUUUUUGUGUUUAGAGUUAGUAUAUUCUCACUAAAUCGACAACUUUUUAGUCUGAAAUGAUUUGCCUCUCCUUUUCCUCUGUUAUCCUAUUUGCAUUAUUACCCUAUGAUCUGAAUUGUUCCUUGACAGAAG